AAACCUGUCAAAUUUUUACGAAAAAUCGAACACUCGAAAAAUCACAGUGAAAGUGUGUUGUGCACGUACUGCAUAAGGAAAAUAAUACGAAAAUAUUGGAGAUGAAUAAGCAGAGUUUAUUCAAUUUUUUUAACUCUCGAACGGAUUGGUUCAGUGCAUUUACAAAUGGGAAGAAUUUACGUGUUGCUGUUAUUCUUAUUGCGAUAUAUCAUAUGAUUAUCUCGCAAAUUUUACUCUUUGUUAUGUUGCUUGGGCUGACCCAUGCCGAGAAAAUGGUUGGGAUAUUGCUAGGUGAUAUAACCGAUCAAAAGGAGCGUGAAGAAUAUUACGAAAUGCCAGUUAAUUCAAAUGGUGAAUCAAUGAAUCAGGUCCGGUUUAAGGCUGCGUCAGAGCUAGCUGCAUCGACAACAACAACGUUAUAUGUCGGUGUUGCGAUGGCCACUUUAUAUGUGUGUGCAUGUUUUGGAUUGUUAUUCGGUACCCUCAAAUACAGAAAUGAAGGUAUUGCAUCAUGGUUGGUGGCUCAAGUUGUUUACGAAAUUGUUUUGAUUUCUUGUGCUUACGCGGGCGUGCACUAUGGCUUUAAGGAGAUUCUUGGUGAUCAUGCGAAAUGCUUUUGGCUUUUGGUCGUUUUAAAUGUUGGAGUCGAUUGUUUAAAUUGGUUGGUAGUGUAUUGCUUCUACAGAAUAUUAAAAGAAAUGAAGAAAUUGACCAAAUCAGCAACGGUCUGGAUACCCUGCCCACAACCUGGAAAUGUUCAGUUCAGCAAGGAAAAUAUGUACCUUGGUGACGGUGGCCACAAACACACCUUAACCGAAAAUGAACUUUCCAAUCCGAAUUACGUCGUGUAAUUUCAAACAUUUUCGACCCAUUUCGAAUACCAUUCUACUAAUAAAAAUUUGCUUCAAUUAAACUUUUCUCUUCACAUUAACCAAAUGAAAAGUAGAAACAUCUAACAACGAGCGAAAGAGAACUCGUUUAGAAUGUAGUUGAAAAUAUAAUUGAAAUUAACUCCGAAAUUAAAAGAAUAAAUUAUUUUUCGAUUUAAAGAACAAAAA